AUGGAAGUUCAUAAAGCCUUCGAAAAUCCUUUCAAAAUUCAUCUUCUGCAUUUUCUCCUACAGCUUCUUGAAGAGAAUAUCUUGAUUUUUUUAGACGAUCCCUGCGCGAAAAACGUAUGUGACCAUUCUUGUGAAGUGGUCAGAAAUAGAAAUGGAACUUCAACUGGAAAAUGUCGUUGUCGAAGUGGUUAUUAUUUACGAACUGAUGGCAAAACAUGUGUUGGUUAGUAGAGAAAGCAUUUUAUAAAAUAGCCUUUUAAAAACACGGGCGCUGAUUGGUCAAAAGCUCAAAAAAAAGUGUUUCUAUUUAACAAUUAGUCGCCGAAGGCGAGGUGGUUAUCGGUGAAUAAAAACCGAGACGAAGUCGAGGUUUUUAUUCACGAUAAUCACCGAGCCUGAGGUGAAUAAUUGUUUUAGUACAAUUUCAUGGGUGAUUAUUUGGAAAAAAAGAUUAAAAAUGCACAUUUCUUCGUCUUUUAAUUGACAAAACGACUUCGGCCGCCAUUUUGAAAAUCGCUUAGGUGAUUAUCGCGUAAUAAUCACCUCAACGGUAACCAAUCAGUGUGGAGAAUUUUCAAUAAUCACCUAUGUAAUUAUACUAAUUAACAAUUUGUCGCCGAAGGCGAGGUGAUUACAAGCCUAUAUUCACUGAGCCGAAGGCGAAGUGAAUAUAGGCUUGUAAUCACCGAGCCUGAGGCGACUAAUUGUUUUAGUAUAAAUUUCCAGGUGUUUACAAACAAUAAUCCACACAACUUUAUAAAAAUUCACUUCAAAUAAAUUUAUUUUCGCUAUAUAAAAUAGUUUGUUUACAAAAUUUAAAUCUCAGACACGGCUCUGUGUCGCGUUGCGACUAAGCCAGUUUUUUUCCAAAUAAAAGCACGUAAAGUUUAAUAUUUUACCUUGAAAUAUUUUUAAACCAUAUUUUGUAGCUUGUUUGAGCUUUUUCGGAAUGCUAUCUUCUUUAAUUUUGGCAAUUUCCUCCUCUGUUACUACGGCAAAACGAGCAGCCAUUUUGAAAAAAAAAGCUAUAGUCACUGACCAGUGACUAUCACUUCAGACUUCAGAGACAGUGAAUCUUGACCAAUCAGAAUGCAGAAAAAUCAAUAGUCACCUGGAAAUUUAUACUAAAACUCGAUAGAAACACGGGGAAUUUUCGCGCGGGUUGCGUGGAUUGCGCGGGAGUUUAAAAGACAAAAUACAAACAAUAUUUAAUAUUGAAAAAAGUUGGAAAACGUCCAAAAACGCCGAAGAACCGUGAAAAAAGGCAAGUUGAACGCUUUGCUAAUUUAGGAAGCGAACACCUAAAGCACAAAGCACAGUCAAAGUUACAGCAUACCUUGUAUCUGUUUGACUGUUUUCCAAGCUAAGAUAUUUUAAUUUUACUUUGUCUUUUUAAAAAAUUAUUUCCUCGCGACGUUUUUAAUCAUGUUUACUAUCGUUUUUAAUCGUUUUUAAUCAUGUUUAAACGUUUACUAACUAUGUAAAACAGUGCUUUCUUUGCAAGAAUGUAGGCCUACGUUGUUGAGUGAACUAUAUACCGCUUUAAUUAAUAACUGAGUAAGCCUGUUAAAAAGUCUUAAAGUAAGCCUGUUAAAUUCUUGUCAGACUUCUAUGUUUAUAAACAGUCGCAUGGUUACCAUCGGAAAAUAUCGCGAUGUUCAGGUAUGUUCCGGGAAGAUGUCGCGAUAUUCCGGCAUAUUCCGUGAUAUUCCGCCAUAUUCCAUGAUAUUCCGUAAUAUUCCGGUAUUCCGGGUUUCACAACGCCCUGUUAAAAAGUGCUGUUUGUUGUUUUGACAGUGAUAUACUUGUUUACUUGGCUAUGGCUAUGCUUUAAUUCUUAUUUACACGAACGUAUAUUGAGAUAUAAUUAAUAUUUGAAUGAAUGUAAUUAAAAUCAAUAAAUUUAUAUUUUUAUUGUUUUUAAAAGGCUAUUUAAUAAAAGAAAUAGAAACCAUUUUUUCCGUGUUCCUAUAGAGUUAUAGAAACACUUGUGAAAGUUUGGGAGAAACUCGAAAUUGCGUGGAAACACUCGCACUUCGUUUCUCCCAAACUUCCACGCGUGUUUCUAUAUUAAACUCAAAAGAAACACGGAAAAUGUUUUCUAUUUCUUAAAUAAUUUGUAACUUGUUCGUUAUAUAUGUUCGUUUACAUUAUAUUAACUUAUUAUAUAACAUGCAAAUGCAUGUACUUUAAUAUACUAAAAAAAUAUCACAACCAAAGUAUUCUUAAGCCCCGUUUACACUACGCUCAAUUUUUGGUACGGCACGGAUAAAAUUGGUACCCGUACCACUUUUUUGGUUCUUGGACUACCUAUUUAGGAUUCACUUACGUGCUCGGGUAAUGGAAAAUAAGCUAAAAUUGGGGCAAGCGAACACCCACUAGCUCCCGCACCCAAAAUCGAGUUUGUCUGGCCUUUCUCCAAUUGUCCCACCCAACCACACCAUUAUUCUGUCACCUAUAUGCAAGUAAAAAUCCUUCGCCCCCCUCCUAGUCAAACACCUGUUGCCUUCGUAACAUCCCUAUAUAUGUGCAGUUCUAAAUUUUUCUUAAAAUAAAACCUGGAUGACUCUGAAAUACUAACGAAUGUGUACAUCAAGCAUUGAGUUCCAGGUAGCGAUGAACAAUAUAUUAUGUACGAGCCUAAUAGAAGGAUUUAAAUUACUGAGAAAAAACCUUGCUCUUGCAAGUUCAUAAAGCCUUCGAAAAUCCUUUCAAAAUUCAUCUUCUGCAUUUUCUCCUACAUCUUCUUGAAGAGAAUAUCUUGAUUUUUUUAGACGAUCCCUGCGCGAAAAACGUAUGUGACCAUUCUUGUGAAGUGAUCAGAAAUAGAAAUGGAACUUCAACUGGAAAAUGUCGUUGUCGAAGUGGUUAUUAUUUACGAACUGAUGGCAAAACAUGUGUUGGUUAGUAGAGAAAGCAUUUUAUAAAAUAGCCUUUUAAAAACACGGGCGCUGAUUGGUCAAAAGCUAAAAAAAAAGUGUUUCUAUUUAACAAUUAGUCGCCGAAGGCGAGGUGAUUACAAGCCUA